AUCCCACGUUUGGUUAACGUAUCUCUUUCUCGAUCUCUGCUAAAAUGACCCUUUAUUGACGUUUAUUAUAUUCACAGAACUACCUUUUCCGGCCUUUGGUUAUUGUUGAAAAAGGCUCAAAAUGGUGGUGACCAAAGUUGCCCAAGUGAAUAAUGUUUCAUCAACUGCAUCAACGUUGGAUCAAGUGCGGUCCCUUUUCAGCUUUCUCGGCAAGAUUGAAGACAUUCGACUUUUUCCAAAAGAAGACUCUGUCCUGCCGGUAACCGCCAGAAUAUGUUUUAUUCUGUUCGAAGAUCCAACCAGUGUUGGGAUGGCCCAACACCUGACCAACACGGUCUUUAUAGAUAGGCCUCUGCAAGUUUCACCAUUUGCUGAAGGUUCAAUGCCAGAGGAGAGCAAGGCACUGCAGAUGGUGGCUAGUCUAACCGGUGGCCUUGGGGGAUCUAUACCUAGUCUGGUACCCAAUACUACAGCAUCAACUGCUGCAGCAGCUAGUGGGGCUGGACUCCUACCCACCCCACCCCAGCCUCUCAUGUCACAAAUCACUCAGCCACCUGCGGCCCUGGCUGCUGCCGCUGCUGUUGGAGCUGGGGAUAAUCUCUCUCUCCUUAGUGAUAGUUUCUCUGCCUUGGGAGUACCACAGCCACCACCACUUAACAACGUAGACCCAUCAAAGGUUGAGGAGAUAAGGAGGACCAUAUAUGUCGGCAAUUUGGAUUCAGCUACCGUCCUGGCCGAGCAGCUGUUGACCUUCUUCCAGCAAGUCGGAGAGGUUAAGUAUGUGCGAAUGGCCGGAGAUGAGACCCAACCAACAAGGUUUGCUUUUGUAGAGUUCACAGACCAGGCCUCUGUGGCAAAGGCACUCACUCACAAUGGAGUGAUGUUUGCCGGACGCCCAAUCAAGAUUAACCAUUCCAACAAUGCGAUCGUGAAGCCCCCUGGUAAGACUCAAGAAGCUAUCCAGAGAGAGUUGGCAGAGACCAUGAAACAAGUUAGAGAUGCCCAGGCACUCAUCCAAGCAGCUAUCGAUCCAGCAUUACAACCUGAAGUAAAAGACAAAGUGAAAGCUGUUGUGGCAGCUGAGGAGAAGGAUGAAAAGAAAGACAAGAAACGAAGCCCAUCACCCAGCCGACGAAGAAGAUCACGAUCUCGCUCUAGGAGACGUUCCCGUUCACGGUCUCCCCGUCGUUCCCACUCUAGACGGCGGUCGCGUUCGUGGACACCUCCCCCUCGACGGCGAUCACGAUCCCCACGGAGAAGGAGAUCAAGAACACCUCCUAGACGAUCACGGACACCUCCCCGGAGACGAAGGUCACGGACAAGGUCACCACCACCAAGACGUAGAAGGUCAAGGUCAAAGAGCAGAGAUAGACGCUCAAGGUCAAGGGAUAGACGCAGACCUAAAUCAAGGACUCCUCCCAGAAGCUACAGCUCUCGACGUCGAAGCAGGAGCAAGAGCCGUGACCGCAGUCGCUCUCAUUCACCUAUUCGCCGACGCCGAAGCCCCAGUAGGUCCCCUCCACCUCCCCCACGUCGACGUAGUCGUACUAGAUCCCCACCGAUCCGGUCCAAAAGACGCAGCAGAUCCAGGUCACCGAUUCCCAUCCGGCGACGCCAUUCUCCAAGCAGGUCAAUAUCACCUCCCAAGAGAAGGUCAAGAUCGGGCUCAAGGUCACCUCCAAGAAAGCAUAAGAAGGAGAAGAAGAACCGUCGUAGUCGCAGCAAGGAGCGCAGCAGUAGCAGCCGCAAGCACAAGAAGGACAAAGACAAGGACAAGGAGAGAGAGAAGGAGAAGGACAAGGAGAGGGACAGAUCCUCCGAGAGAAAGAGCAAGGAUGAGGAUCCCUCCAAGAGUGGCAAACCUUCUAAGGUGAAACGGGAUUAUGAUGAGGAAGAGAAGGGGUUUAACAGUGAUAAGGAAGAGGGUGAUGCCGGUGGGGAAGGGAAGGGGAAAGGCUAUGACGCAGAUGCAGACAUACAGAAUGUAGACAUGGACAUGGACUCGGAUUAAAAGAGGUCAGUCCACUUGACUGAUUAGAAAUUAAAUUAAAAUGAAUCUCAAAGCAUAUUUUUAGGGUGUAUUUUAGGGAUUAUUCUUGCACAAGUCUGCAAAAUUGAAGGAUGAAAAUUGACCUGUGGUAAAGAAUUACUUUGAGUAGUUAGGUCAAUGUCAAUAUAGGAUGGGGUAAAAAAUUAAGCAAAUUUGUUUACAGAUUGAAGUAUGGAGCAAAAAUGAUAAGGCUUUAAUCCUAGUCUUAAUAGGGCAGACAGUGUACAGUAUGUUCACUUUACCUGCAAAGAAGAUUAGCAUCAAACCAGGGGGGGGGGAUAUCAUGAAAUGUAAAGUAAUUUUUCACUGAAAGCUGUUUUCAGCUACUGAAAUAGAUCGGAUGGGCAUUUAAUGACCAGCGCAGGUCUCUGACAGUUACCACAGUAACAGUCAGUUCAAUGAUUCCAACUAGCUGCAUGUAAUAUGGUGGACUCUACAAUAUAGAGCUUAGCGAUUGAUAGAAAGCAUAUUUCUAUGAUUAAUUUCAAUGAUUAGUCAUAAAAAUCAAUCCCAUGAUAUAUCACUAGGCUUAUGUUACAGAGCCCUGAUCUGAUUUUGUUGUAAUAAGAGAAUGACAUAAAUCUUUAUCUGCUCUAUCUGUAAAGAAUCAGAUAAAUUAACAUGAGGCAAGGAAGUGCUUUAUCAGGCAAAAAACAUUAGGUUAGGGAUGUAUGCAGUCCAAAAUGUUCUUGAAAUCGUGAUUCGCACAUUUCAUCUGUGAAUUUUGUGAAACUCUCCCUAGUUUUAGAAUAUACAUGGAUGUAAGAAAUAAAAGCUAUAUCGUAGUUGUCAAUUUUCUUUCUUGAAAGCAGAGAAACCAAUCAAUCAAUUUUUUUCCAGCUUUACUGCUUUGUCUAAGUGCCAUAAUAAACAUGUAUGUUUCUUUUACCCAUAUUAAGCGGUUUCUGUCUUGUUGGGGGAAAUGAUUGGUCUUUAAUAAUUUCAUCAUUUUCUUUUUUUUGAAGCUGUAUGAUUGCGAGGACAAAUUUAUGAGACAUAAAGUGCCCAUUUGCAACAUAACCCCAAUUUUCUUAAUAAAAUACAUAUAGUUGAUUUCUCUUUGCUCUUUGAUAAAAAGCAAAUAUGUAAUGCAACUUCUGUUUAAUUAAGUGUGAAAAUGCUGAAAGCCGUUCUAAAAUUUCUUUAAGAAUGGAAAGAAGAGUA